CGCUUCCGGGGCGCCAUGGGGCCCGGUGUGGCGCGCACCCUACGCCUGGCCUGGGGGGCGGCCGCCCGCCGCAGCCUCCACGGGACAGCGCCCGCCUGCGCCCCCCCCCUGACCCCCCGCUCCCCGCAGGGCCGGGGGGAGCGAGCCUACGACAUCUACUCCCGCCUGCUGCGCGAGCGCAUCGUCUGCGUCAUGGGGCCGAUCGACGACAGCCUGGCCAGCCUGGUGAUCGCGCAGCUCCUCUUUCUCCAGUCCGAGAGCAACAAAAAACCCAUCCACGGCGCGGUGCUCAACUCAUCUACGACACGAUGGCAAGUACGUUCUCAACACGGUGCUUCGUGGACGUGGAUGCGUGGGGCAGGCGGCACAGGGGCACUGGGCUCCCUCCGCGCUAGCCGCCGAGCACCGGCCAGGGGCGCCACGCCCUGCGCCAAAGCGGCCGCCAUCAAUCAUGGUGACCACCCAGCCCUCGGAGGAGGGGGAAGGGGCCAGGCCACCGACAUCGCCAUCCAGGCGGAGGAGAUCCUGCAGCUCAAACGCCAAAUCAACGGGCUCUACGCCAAGCACACCGGGCAGCCCCUCGCCGUCCAUCGCGGCCGGCGGAUUUUGGGAGCCGGAGACCGGUACCUUCAGCCCCGUGGAGGCGCGUGGACGUUCGGGGCUGCUCUAAUCGACCGGGGUGAUGCGUGCCAUCCGCCCCCUCGCCCCAGCUGGUGGGUAGGCGAGGACGAACCGGGAGGGUGCAGAAGGAGCCCCCCCCCCGCACCCUCCGCGCCCCCCAAUGCCCCUCCGGGAUCCUGAGAUGCCCCCUCCCCCCGUCGAGGGGUGUGGAGGGGUUGGGGGAAGGGCUGUGUGCCCCCCCCUCGGCCGCCCCCCCACAUAUCUAUCGCGUGU